AUGGCCGCUACCGACUACAAGUUUGAGGGCUGGGUUGGCCUCGACGAGAAGUCCUCCGAGGGCAACAUGGUCUGGCAGGAGUACGAGCCCAAGCCGUGGGAGGAGAACGACGUCGACAUCCAGAUCACCCACUCCGGUGUCUGCGGCUCCGACAUCCACGUCCUGCGCUCCGGCUGGGGCCCCGCCCCUUACCCCGUCUGCGUCGGCCACGAGAUCGUCGGUGUCGCCGUCCGCGUCGGCUCCAAGGCCGUCGGCGGCAUCAAGGUCGGCGACCGCGUCGGUGUCGGCGCCCAGUCCGACUCCUGCCUCGGCCGCCAGGGUCCCUGCGAGCCCUGCGAGACCAAGAACGAGCAGUACUGCCCCAAGUCCGUCCACACCUACGGCCACUUCCACUACAACGGCGGCAAGGCCAUGGGCGGCCACUCAAAGUACCACCGCUGCCCCUCCCACUUCGUCGUCAAGAUCCCCGACGGCCUCGAGUCCGCCUACGCCGCGCCCAUGCUGUGCGGUGGUGUGACCGUCUUCUCCCCGCUUAAGCAGCACGGCGCCGGCCCCGGCAAGACCGUCGCCAUCAACGGCGUCGGCGGCCUCGGUCACAUGGCCAUCAUGCUCGCCAAGGCCAUGGGCGCUGACAAGGUCGUCGGUAUCUCCCGCAAGGGCGACAAGCGCGACGAGGUCCUCAAGAUGGGCGCCGACGGCUACAUCGCCACCAGCGAGGAGCCCGACUGGGCCAAGACCUACGCCAACUCCUUUGACAUUGUCAUCUCCACCGUCUCCUCCGCCAAGGUCCCCAUGCAGGACUUCCUCAACCUCGUCAAGCUCGACGGUUCCCUCGUCCAGGUCGGUCUCCCCGACGACGGCGCCUACACAAUCUCCCCCGUCCCUAUGGUCAUGCGCCGCGUCAAGUUCACCGGCUCCCUGAUCGGAUCCCCCCACGAGAUCCGCGAGAUGUGGGAGCUCGCCGCCGAGAAGGGCGUCAAGCCCUGGAUCCAGGUCCGCCCCAUGAGCGAGGCCAACCAGGCCAUCGUCGACUUGGAGGAGGGCAAGGCCCGCUACCGCUACGUCCUCGAGAACUAA